CCAAUGAAAUGAAUUAGGGUUAGUCUCGUGGAGAAAUCUAAAAGACCGAAGACGAAGCUCCGUAGAAAAGUAGUGCUGCGCGCCAUGGAAGGAGGUCAGAGAUGAUGACUAUCUUGUCAAGUUCGGGAAUCUGUAACAAAAUCUAGGGAAGUCCUUGGAAAGAAAGUGACCUUAAUUUCGUUUUCUAAAGAGAGAGAUUGAACAAGAAAAAAGAUGUUUUCUGCAGUGCCAUGUCUCUCAUUUUCUACUAUGUGCAAAGCAGCUACGCAUAAUAGCAGCAACAACUAUCAGGGGCACGCGCGGGACGCAGAUUACAUCAGGCGUGCGGCAGAGAUCGCCCAAAAAUCGGUGGGGUUUACGUCCCCGCACCCGAACUUCGGUUGCGUCAUUGCAGUCGGUGCCGAUACUAAGGUCGCCGGGGAGGGCUAUUUGUACGCGCAGGGGACUAAGCCAGCGGAGGUGCAAGCAGUCGAGGCGGCAGGGUCGUUGUGCCGCGGCGCUACUGCUUAUCUGAAUAUGGAGCCCGGAGAUUGCGAUGGCGACCACGCUGCUGUCUCUGCUCUUGUCAAGGCAGGAAUUACAAGAGUUGUUGUUGGAAUCAGGCAUCCUUUGCAGCAUCUUCAAGGUGAUUCUGUACGUGCACUCAGAAGUCAGGGACUGCAGGUUGAUGUACUUGGAGAGGAUUUACAAAGUAAAGUUAUAGAGGAAGCUCGCAAAUCAUGCCUCCUUGUUAAUGCUCCUUUGAUUUAUAGAGCUGCUUCUCGAGUUCCCUUCUCUGUUCUCAAGUAUGCUAUGACCCUUGAUGGGAAAAUCGCUGCUAGCAGUGGACAUUCAGCAUGGAUUAGCAGCAGAAAAUCUAGAACCCAAGUUUUUGAAUUGCGGGGUAGAAGUGAUGCCAUUAUUGUUGGUGGAAAUACUGUACGCAGGGACAAUCCCCGGCUUACUGCAAGGCAUGGAGGUGGUCAUAUGCCGUUGCGAAUUGUAAUGACUCAGAGUCUUGAUCUUCCUGAGGAAGCAAACCUUUGGGAUGUUUCCGAUGUUCCUACUCUUGUAGUAACUCAAAGAGGUGCUAGGAAGAGUUUCCAGAAAUUUCUUGCAUCCAAAGGAGUAGAAGUGGUGGAGUUUGACAUCUUAAACUCCAGAGAUGUCAUGGAAUAUUUUCAUGAUCGCGGUCUUCUUUCCAUAUUGUGGGAGUGUGGAGGGACCCUGGCAGCAUCUGCUAUUUCAUCUGGUGUAAUUCACAAGGUUUAUGCAUUUGUUGCUCCUAAAAUCAUUGGUGGAAGAAAUGCACCAUCUCCUGUGGGUGAACUUGGAAUGGUUGAGAUGUCACAAGCCCUAGAUUUGAUUGAUGUUUGCUAUGAGCAGGUUGGACCGGACAUGCUUAUAAGUGGAUUUCUUCAGCCUAUACCCGAUGUGAUGCCAGUAAUCCCUUCAGAGGAUGAAACUUGUGCAGUUGAUCCUACCGUUAACCCUUAUGAAUCAAGCAUAAUAUCCUUCUAUAAGACUUGGGACCCUUAUGGAGCUUUUUCGAAUUUUUCUCCUCAUCCAAUCCAAAUGCCUGGUUGCAAUGGUGAAUACUCCACUUGGUCAAGCGUGGAGCAUUACUACCAGGUAGUUUGCUUUUAUGUAUUGGCUCUGUUCUCUUUGUCUUUUGUAGAAACUUCUGUUUUAACAGUUUUUUAUUUCUAUCAGGCACAGAAGUUUGUUGGGGUGAAUGAUCCUAUUGCACAGGAUUGCAUAGAGAAGAUAAAAUGUGCAAAAAGUCCUGAAGAAGCUGCACGAAUGGGAAGGUUAAUGCAGAGGCAGCACCCUGAUCUGGUAAAUUCUGACUGGGAGAGUGCAAAGAUUGAUGUGAUGUACCGUGCAUUGAAAUGCAAGUUCUCUAUUUACCCUCAUUUGAACUCUAUGUUGCUCUCAACUGCUGGUUCGAUUCUCAUCGAAGCUUCACCACAUGACCUUUUUUGGGGUGGAGGCCGAGAAGGGGAGGGCCUAAAUUAUCUAGGCAGGAUACUGAUGCAGUUGAGAUCAGAGUUUCUCGGUGAGUCCUCUACUUCAGGUGAAACUACUUGCAUGGUUGUAUGAGAUAUGUAUAAAAGCAGAUUCGUUCUUUGUCCUAGCAUAGUUAAUAACUGGAAAAAUGUAUCUCAGAUCGUAUGAUUCUUAACGUUCUUAUUGUAACGACAAUUGAUAUGUGCAUGAAUAAUUGAAAUCCUGUUGUACAAAUGUUCAGAAUUUAAUAGUACCCCCCCAACUGUUUAUUGUAA